AGUGUGAGAGAGAGAGAGAGAGAGAGAGAGAGAGAGUGGAAAGAGAGCGGGUGGAGGGACCAAGCUGCGUCUGGGUCAGCGCGGUCUGUCAUCUCAGACAAUCUAAACGCGAGCAAGCAAAUGAGAGCAUGUGUGUGUGUGUGAGAGAGAUCGUGUGUGUCUGUGUGCAUGUGCAUGCGUGAGUGUGUGUGAGAGACACUGAGAGAGAGAGAGGGAGCGCAGCAGGAGUGCGGAGGUAGAGAUGUCAGAGGAUGUGGUUUUCCUGAGCUUGCAAAACACAAGCGCAGACAUAGUUUGAGUAUGACCUCAACACAGGCACACAAACUGAGAUCUCCGCGAUCCGUUUAGCUCUUCGCAGGACCGUAAGCGGUGGGAUUUAGAGAAAACAGAGCCACGGUGCAAAAAAGUACGCUCGGGAAGAACAGAUCACAGACUCUGGAGCUUUCAGGACUUCAUCUGGGAAUUUGGGGAUUUUUUUGAGCACACUUUCCAUCCUUCGCUCACUUCAUGCCGUUGGUGAACUCGGCAGAGAAGACGUUCUGUGAUCGCUGAGACUUCACGCACCUGUGGAUCCACGACCGGGCAGGUUCAACGUGCACUCUGACAGCAGAGAUGGGUUGUGGGCUGAGGAAGAUCCGUCAGACGGACGACAGCAGUCCAGGGAAGAUCUACUCAACCCUCAAGAGACCACAAGUGGAGACCAAGAUAGGAGUCGCUUACACGUACUGCAACGUGGACUUCCUGGUUGGAAAAGAAGAUGUGACGUCGACCCUGUGCUUGUCCUCGGUACGGGAGCUGCCAUCUCAGCUGCAGGACCUUUACCAGCAAGGCUUUGUCCUUAUCGCUGUCCAUCCCUUCGUCCACCCGUGUGGCCCGGAGCUUGCAAGCAUCCAGCGACAACUUUAUCGAGCGGUGCUCAGCAAAGUACCCGAAAGUUCAGAGAAAAGUCCAUCAGAGUUCGAGCCGUACCAUCUGAAGCUAGAGGAGUGUUUGUCCGCUGAUCACAUCCCGACCCCGGAGCACAUCCAGGGAUAUGUCAAAAAACAGAUUCAGGAUGCGGCCGACCAGGGGAUCAUGUUUUCCGGUUUCAUUCAAGAACCAGCCGGCCUUCACCCUCGCGUCACGUCUCGAGGUGGCCUUGGAGACGCGUCCCUGUCCUUGCACUCCAGUCCGAGUUCUCUGCGCUGCUCAGAGCUCACGGCGAGCCCGAGUCAUCAGGGCGAGAGCGGCACAGAGGACUGGGCCGCUGACGGAGAUGCGGAAGAGCCGAGAACUUCUCAAGAUACGGGUGGUGACGCUCUCUCAGACGUGAUGUCCAAUGUUUCCAAAUCGGAUUGUUGUGAUGCAGACCAGGAAGACUUACCAUCGCCCAACAACAAGGACAAAGACAGGGAGGGGAACGAAAAUCCCAGUAGGCCUUCUUUAGGCAAAUGUGGUGCCGAACUCUUCGGCUUGUUUAACUACCCCGGUGGGCGUCAGCGGCCGCUGAAGUACUACACAGUAAAAGUGCCUCUGCGGGUGCAGCCAGGUGAAGAGGGCAGUCGCGCCAUCGAGGCCCAAUGGCUGGACCACAUGACGCAGCACUUCAACAAUGGAGCCUCACUGGUCGACGGCUACUUCAGUCUAGGCAAAGAGAGCAACGAUCAGUUGCCGAAGGUCAUCGACAGCGUGUUUAUUUUCCAAGAGGGAGACUCCGGCACAAGUACAACCUACGACGCCAUUGUGGUCGAACAAUGGACCAUCAUCAACGGGGUUCAGGUGAAGACGGACUACAUCCCUCUACUGCAGUCUCUGGCUUCUUUCGGAUGGAGGCUCACCUGCGUUCUGCCCACACCCAUCGUCAAGACAAACAGUGAUGGAAGCGUGUCCACUAAACAGAUCGUGUUCUUCCAGAGACCAACGUUGCCCCUCAAGAGGAGACACUCGAAGAAAAUCAUCUUCAGAACCCGAAAGAACUCGAGCAAGAGCUCGGUCAAAGACACGCUGAAAAACAAGAAGAAGAAGAACGCAACAGAAAAGGAGCCAGAUGAUCAGAAGAUCCAGGAUGGAGUGGGAAAGGAGGGCAAAGAGAAUGCAGAGACAGCAAAUGAGAAUAGUGGGGAAAACGAUGGAGAGGGAGACAACGAUGAGACGGAGAUGGAUGGAAAGACGACGCAGAAAGAGCAAGCAGAUCAGGACGAAAACGAUGAGAAAGUGGAGGAGGUGGAGGCGGAUGUGAGGAGAGAGGUGGAUGGGAAAAAAUCAACUAACGGCAAGCAAGAAGAGGCAGAUAGAGAUGAGAUAGAGACACUUUCUGAUGUGAAAAAUGAAGAGAUGGGAGGUGAAGAGGUGGAGAAAUGUGGAGAGGAAACCUACCAUUUGCAUAAUGGUUUGGAUGAGCAAGAGCCAUCAACCAAUGAGGUGCAAGAUAAAGGCCACGCUGAUGUGAAGGACAACAAUUUGACCAAUCAGAAGCAAGACUUUUGUUAAUCCCGCCUCUGCUGCCGUGAACGUCACGCAAAAACCUUUUCGGAAUCUGAGAUGAACGCUUCUCACUUCGCCUGAGCUUCUUUUCAGUAUAAGCACUGGAUUUUAAGACCCCAUAAGAUAUGUAUGAUGUAUAUAAAGAGCUCAAGACUGGCAACACUUUUUCUUCAUCUUGCGCUCAACUUGUUUGCUUGCAGCAGAUGCAUCCGGUAGUCUUAAAGAACAUAAGGAAUGGCGGAGACCAUUUUUGCGAAAGGCAAUCUGUUCUGAAGAAGAUAUCGUCACUUCCUUUCGUUUACAUGUCUGAAUAUGAACACCGAGUCACCAUUUUACAAGGUUCUGCGACUUUCUAGCCACAACCAGUGACCAGUUUAUCAGGUCUUUACCUUAUAACUUUAUAGGCCACUUUGUAUGUACACUGAAUUAGAUUUUGGGUGAGACACCAGUCCACGAACCAAGAAAUACCAACAUCAAUUAAAUCACCAGUAAAUUACAUUCUAUUGCACCUUCAGAGACUUUCUAGGAUAUCCAUUUAACCAUUUACACAACCAUCAAAUACACUUACAGCCAGUCACUAAUCCCAAGGUUUCCUAUUAGGACGACUUAUACGGUGAGAUCUUGUCUAACAAACCAUUAAAAAAACAAUAUGAGCCAUUCCAAAACACCAGGAACCAACAGAAACCUGAUCAGACUCUUUCCACACAUUGCAAAGAGAUCAUCAAAAGGUCGUUUAGUGAUUGUGUUGAUUUAAUACACUUUAUAUAAUAAAUAAAAUCCAUUAGAAAACCACAAACCCAUUAGACACACACAACACCAAUAACUGUCCCACAUGGUUUAAUUCUAGGACCAUAUACAUUGUGAUAUUUUAGUGGUAUUUUGUGAUAUUACAAACCGAUACAAAUCACUGUAAACCUACAGCAAACUGAUCAACCUCACUCACCCCAUUUGACCAGCCCAAAUGUACCCUAUUUUAACCAUCCCCACUCCACCCCAUUUGACCAGCCCCACUACAUCCCCUUAUAAAUGGAAAGAGAUUGCCACAAGACCGCUACUGACCAGAUAUUACUUAAAAAACAGUCCAUGCUAGGAGUGUUAGGCAUGUCUGUGCUAGCUGUAAACCGUACCUGAUAAAAUGGACAAUUGUUGUAGCUAAAAUUCAGAUGAUGUCACUGAUAAGCUGGCGAAUCAGUGUACUGUAUGCGCUGAUGCUCCUAAAAUGCACACUGAGCAAGGCCAUGUUUUGAGCUGUCAGCAUUAGAGGAACAUCUUCGAUGCCAGCCGAACAAAGUGUUUCAUAUUUAGAGACAAUCUACGCUGACUCUGCAACAGAGGGGUUUUUUUUCUUUUUCUUUUGGUGUAUUUCUGACUCACCGAGGUAAUGAAUGUCAAAUUCCCCCCGAUGUCUGCAAAAUCUUCAGAAACCAAAAUGAACAGCUCUCAAGAGCAUGACAGACAAAUGAGGUCCUAAUCCUCUGUACCACAAAGCAACUGUUACCACAUGUGCAGCAUCCAUUUUCAUGCACCUAAACUAAACUGUCAGUGACCUUUGGAGCAUCACAGGAUAAGGAUGCACCUAUUAGCUGAAUGUCAUGACCGCUCAUUUAUCUGUAACGAACGCUGGGAGUUUCGUUCGACUCUCGAUCCAUAAUUUAUUUUACACCCUGACAGCAGACGUACGGCGUCAUAGGACUCAAAGCGUGAAUUUCUGUCCAUGUUAAAGAUGUUCCGAUUUCAAACGAAGAGCUCUUGUCAAGGGUGUUUGAAGCCGGCACUGCGCUCCUGCCGGUCUCGGCUGAGUGGAUUAUGAUAAAAAAAAUGACAAGGAGAAGAAUUUUAGCGAUCACAUGAUGCUGACUGCAACUUCCCGGACAAAGAUUAAGCUCGGGAGUCGAAACGAUUUUCCACAGAGAAUCACCAGUGACGCUACCGAUUAGCAGAAGACUUAAUCUGUGCUCGGGAAACUGGCCAAGCUAGUGUUUUUAAAGCUUGUUAUUUCGUGUGGUUUGGUGAGGGGAACAGAAUAACAGAUAAAUGAGUGUGGAUUAUGGGCUGGCGCUGUUUGCCUGCAGUAAUUUGGCUUCUUUCGUCCUCGCGGUUCGGCGUUUCUUUCCACGUUUGGUUCAUUUCUAUCGAGAUGUGAGUGAUGCGUUUCAUUUUUUCACUUUCCAGUCUCGCUUUUUGAAUAAGCUGAGGAGUAACACGAGUUAUAGCACAUACACAAGGGUUAAAGACGAAAAGGAACUGCAUCGUUGUAUAGUAUCAUAGCAUUGUUUAGCAUUGAAACUCAACAUAAUACUUAAAGUGACUUAAAGACAUGAAAGAAGGAAAAGAAACUGUUUUAGAAGACCGAAAAACGUAAGAAUUUGCUGAGGAAAAAAAUAUAUAUAAUCAUACCAGCAAGCGAUCAUUCUUACAGUACAUCAGUUCCAUACAUCAUCUAUGUAUUUAAAUACAGCUAAAAUGUGCCUUAUACAGAUAUAGACAAAUUUCUAGACCAGAUUUUGCAUUGUUUUUGUUUUUUUUGUUGUUGUUGUUGUUUUGGUUUUUUUUUAUUUUAUUUACAGUGUACAAGAAGUUUAAACAAGCAGAGAAAUAAUGAACUCAUUAUAUCACUAUUUCAGAAUCGCUUUCGUAAAACAGACGCUUUAAUUUUUAAGUGUAGUUCGCUCUACUCUGUAAAUCUGUAGCUACACACAUUAGCCGAACAAUUUUUUGCAAGUCAGAUGAAUUAGUAAGUAAUGAAGUACAUGGAAGUAGAUGGAAUCUAAAUAACAUUUGGUGUAAAGCUGUUUCAUUACUCGUAUAAUACGUUAAUAUACAGCUUAAAGAUAGAAAAAAUAAUAACAUUAGCAUGACAAAACGCAGCUGUUUUUUUGAACGAGCUAACACGAUAUACAGCAUUCAGAAGCUAACGGUCGUACAAAUAUAACGUUACAUUAGUAUAUCGAUCCGUUUAGGAUUUCAGAUUUUCAAUUGGAUCUUGACAUUUUUCAAAAUGAUGCAGAUAUUUUCCAGCUAUUUAUUCAUUUCAGAAAUGCAAGUAGUCUUUUGCAACAAAAGCAAAAAAAAAUCCUGAAUAUUUACAAAAAAAAAAAAAUGCAACAAUCACAAGAAAAUCCAGAAAAAAACGAAAAAUCCGUUAGCUUUCACUGUUGAAAUUGUCAAUUCGAUUUGCUUUCCGGGUAAAAGAAAGCAUUCGAGUUCUUCUUAAGUGCUGAUGAUUUCUGAUUUGUUCAUCCUCGCUUCUGAUUUUUUGACAAAAUUUCUGCAUUUCAAAAUAUUAUUAAUUUCUAUUUAUAUUUUAUUAAACAUCCCAACUGGCUAAAAUUACGCCUUUUUUUCAGUUUUGCAAACCCUGUUUCGUCUUUGACCCAUAUAUAAACAUAAACAUUGAUAUUUUUAUUAUCAGCCUAAACAAAGCAGAGACUUUGUUCGCGUGAAGGUUUUCGUUAAUGCUAAGUGACCUUUUUUCUUGUGUCUUUUGAUGGAGCAACGUAGCUCGAUGGGACGUUUUUAUCAUCGUCACGUGAUGCCGUUAUUGUCUCUCAGGAUGUUUAUAAUUACCAAACAGAAAAAAAAAACAUUCCGUACUCAUCCUGGUCUUUUCAUCCGCUCGUCUUUUUAAUACUGAACUGAUAAUUGUUAUGUUCUUCUGACAGGUGGUUAAGUGUACUUUGUGUUCUGCCGCUGUUUCAUCUGCCGCGUGUGUAAUUCAGGUUGUCACUCACACACUUUGUCUGUAGUGCUGAGAUAAGAUUCGUUAACGUCGAUGAGCAGUCAGGUUUUCCAGUGCUCUGUGAAUCCUGACUACCUGAAUGCUGAAUGGGCUUUAACCAAAAUACGCCAUUGCUUCGUAGAUGCUGGACGUCAAAAGGGACGAACGUGUUUUUAGACGAUAAAUGGUUUGUGUCUGCUCGGUGUAAAACAUACAUGCUGCCUCCAGGGUUUUGUCAUUUGUUAUGCGUACAUGAAUACAGUAGUGACCCUGCCGACUUUCCAUGAAGGUGCAUUUUCAUCUUGGUUGAUUCCUUCGCCUGCAAACAAGUCGGGAAAAAAACAAACAUAGGAGACGGAGCCUAGUGACAUUUACUCCCGCUGUGGCUAAUGGACUACUCGACCCCCGUCUGGAAUGUUCUUGCCCCUCGUGGACAGAGCUAAUAUGCACUUUGCUCGUUUUCUACACAACCUUUUCAUGUGUCAAAAACUGCAGCGGUGCAGAGAGAGGUCAUUACGCAUAACAACCCAUGGUUCCUUCAAUCCAUUUCCUGUUUGCUUUGUUUCCUGGUGUGCUAAAAGGGGACCAAGGCUCAAAGGCCGUAGGAGGUUUUGUCUGUUUUUGGGCUCUGUAUGAAAAAAACAUGUUAAUCUUUUAAAAAAAUAAUGCAUUUUGGAAGUUUGCUUUUUUUUCUUUUUUUUUUAAUACGAUUAACAUUAUUGUUGUUGUCUAUCGCAGCUGUUUGUAUAGCAUUGUCUCCAUAAGUGCAGCCUGUAACUAAUUGGACAUGAUUCCUUAUUUGUUAUUUUUUUAUUUUCUGACACACUGGAUUUGUAAAAUAAUAAUGACUAUGAGAUAAAAGAGCAGACAGUCAGCUUUAAUUAAAGGGUAUUUAUAUCUCCAUUAGGUGUGAGUUGAGUAUUUAGUUGGCUUCUUUUCACAGCCAGUGUGGAGCUAAGUAACAAAAACAGCCUCAGCGUCCAAGUAUUUACAGUCUGCCUUCUACGUUAACGUCCCCUGUACAAUUUGUAUAUUAUAAAUAUGAUUUAUUUUGGUUUGCGUUUGAGUAAUUAUGACAUAAAUAUUCUAAAUAUGCUUAAUGUA